AUGACCUUGAUGAUAAGGACACAGUUGGAGAUGCUGUUGCACGUUGCUACUGGGCACCUGAACAAUGAAGCUUCUGAAGAGCUACUCUCCCCGUUUGAAUUGCACGCAGUAGAACAAUGUGUACAUGAUAGAGUACCAACGUUCCCUCCAGACGAUUGGACACCUGAAGCGUCGUAUAUCGCAGUCUUGACGACUCUGCUACUUGAAAGGACGGAGAGGUACCACGCCCAAAGCUGCCUUCCAUCGAGCAUAUCCGCUCCGCCCGCCGCCCCUCAGAAUCCAUCUGCAUUUUCCCCCCAAGUUGGCUCUCGGAUUGACCAGAUCAUUCUCUUGGAGAGCCUGGAGGAGAGAGAUGCAGGGAUAGAUGAAAGGCGACGAAGCAGCAACUUCCCUGGACAGGUGGUAUGCACGUUCCAGCUUCCCAUGCUCUACAAACGAACUCUCGGGAUGUUACACCGUGGCUUCGAUCUUGCCAACAGAGUGCCGUUUGAGCAGAUGCACAUUCGUUCACCAGGGCUUCAGGAUUCCCGUCGAGCAUUAUUACACAAUGCCAAGCUUGUAAAACUCCUCUACUCGCCCUCAUCGGGGUGUUGA